AUUUUAUAAUACAGCAGCGCCAUUACGCGGUAUUUGUACGAUAAGAAUAUUCCCGGUGACGCAAUAGGAAUUCGUCCUUUCCGUCGCGUUACUGUGAGUGGAACAUGUCGUAUACGUCUGAUCGAAGAGUUGAAGAUCAAUGGUCGGACGAUUCUAAAAAUGGUCCGAGCGAAAGUGAUGCACUCAAUUAUGGAGGACCUCCUGGAAUGGACCCUGACGGUCUUAUUGAGUCCAAUUGGGAGCAAGUCGUUGAGAGUUUCGAUGACAUGAACUUGAAAGAAGAACUUCUACGUGGUAUUUAUGCUUAUGGGUUUGAAAAACCUUCUGCUAUUCAGCAACGUGCAAUAGUACCAUGUGUGAAGGGUCUUGAUGUUAUCGCACAGGCGCAAUCUGGUACUGGUAAAACUGCAACAUUUUCAAUUUCAAUUUUGCAACAAAUUGAUACAUCAUUGAAUGAGUGCCAGGCAUUGAUUCUCGCACCAACUCGUGAGUUAGCCCAACAGAUUCAAAAGGUUGUUAUCGCUCUUGGAGAUUUUAUGCAUGCACAAUGUCAUGCUUGCAUUGGAGGUACUAAUGUGCGCGAAGAUAUGCACAAGUUGGAACAAGGAGUCCAUGUUGUUGUAGGAACUCCUGGUAGAGUUUAUGAUAUGAUUAGUCGACGUGCAUUGCGCACCAACAACAUUAAAUUAUUCGUAUUGGAUGAAGCUGAUGAGAUGUUGUCACGUGGUUUUAAAGACCAAAUUCACGAUGUAUUUAAAUUACUUCCUAAUGAAGUUCAAGUUAUCUUACUAUCUGCUACUAUGCCAACUGAUGUAUUGGAAGUAUCAAAAUGUUUUAUGCGUCGUCCAGUUAGUAUUCUUGUUAAAAAAGAAGAACUUACCCUUGAGGGUAUAAAGCAAUUUUAUAUAUUUGUUGAACGUGAAGAUUGGAAAUUUGAAACAUUGUGUGAUUUAUAUGAUACUUUGAGUAUCACUCAGGCUGUUAUAUUCUGUAAUACUCGUCGUAAGGUUGAUUGGCUAACUGAGAGUAUGCAUAAUCGUGAUUUUACGGUAUCUGCAAUGCAUGGAGAUAUGGAGCAAAGAGAUCGUGAUCUUAUUAUGAGACAAUUUCGUACUGGAUCUUCUCGCGUUCUUAUCACCACUGAUUUAUUGGCACGUGGUAUCGAUGUGCAACAAGUAUCUCUCGUUAUUAAUUAUGAUCUUCCUUCAAAUCGAGAGAAUUAUAUUCACAGAAUUGGACGUGGUGGUCGUUUUGGACGUAAGGGAGUAGCAAUUAAUUUUGUCACUACAGAUGACAAACGUACCAUGAGCGAUAUUGAGCAGUUUUAUAACACUCACAUUGAUGAAAUGCCAUUGAAUGUUGCAGAUUUAAUUUAAAUCUGACUCUUGGAGACACUUGGUUAUAUUAAAAAAAGAAAGAAAAAAAAAUAUUACUAAAGCGUAAGUGAAAUAAUAAACUCUCAACUGAUCUCUCUGAUGGUGUGAGUUUAUUGAUCGAGUUGGGUGAAUCAUAUCGCUUACAUAAAGCGACUUACUGAGGGUUUACAGAACCCUUAUUUGGGUUACUUUCUAUAUAAGAGAAUUAUAAAAUUUACGUAGUGGCAUUAUUGUUUUUUUUUCUUUGAGAAAUCGCGUUUCACAACAAAUUAUUACUAUAGUGUUUGUUGCUGUUGCCACUACACUACUCAAUACCAUUCAUUAUUAUUAUUAUUACUACUAGCAAUAAUUAUCAUUAAAUAUAUUAACAUUAUAAUAGCGGAUAAAUAAUAAAAAGACAGUUAACUGUCAGGCCCACCUGGGCCCGACUUAACAGAUAACGAGUGUCGUUACAGUUGUCGAUUGUACAGGAAUUAUAAAUGGUUGUCAAUAUGCAGCCGAAUUCAGUACUUUUCGUAAACGUCGCUGCUAUUAAUCUCAUCGGAAUUAUUAUUCCGCUUUUAAACCCUUCCAGUUCAGCAUAUUGCAUUAUUUACUUUGAUAAAUAUAAUCAAUUAUAUGUAACUUCAAAUUUAAUAUCUCGUUUACGACUUGUUUGUCUGGGAAAAAAUUUAGUUGGUUUUUGGAAGGGCUACUUUAAUCACAAGCGAUGCAGAAGAAAAUUUAUUUAAUCGAUUCUAGAUAGUUUCAAUUUUUAUAUAUCAAUAAUAAAUACUAGGGUGAUCCAAAAAAUAACAAAUUUUUUUUUUCUCGGAAACAGGUUCAAAAGUUACAUUUAGAUAAAAAAAGAUGCCUGUGAAAAUUAGAGCUCUUGAUGUUAACAUUAAAAAGUUCCUCAUCGCACUUUUCUAUUUCCCAUAAGAAUAAUAUGGAAUAAAAUUUUUUUACGUCUUCUGAUUUUUAUAAGUAGCUAACGAUGCGUCAUAGGAAUAAUUGGCAGGCAUAUUUUUGUAGGUAAUUGAAUGCUCUACAAAAAAAGUUUCUUAUCAUUUUUUGAUAAAUCUAUUUGUUCAAAAGUUAUUUGAGGUUGAAGUCGAAUUCGUAUUCAAUUUUGAGAUCUUUUUACUUUUCCGGCGAAACUAUCAGACCUAUUACAAAAUAUCAUGGGACCUUUUUUGUAGACAAUUUUAUUCCCUAGAAGUUAUUUCAAACAAAGUUUUUUCGAAUUCCGCAUUUUUUUCUAGUUAUUUUUAUUUUCAUGUCGAGCUCUCAAAAUCGAUCAGAAGACUAUUUUUUUUAUGAGCAUGACAUUAAAAUGAAAAUAACUAGAAAACAAUGCGGAAUUCGAAAAAACUUUAUUGGAAAUAACUUCUAGGGAAUAAAAUUGUCUACAAAAAAGGUCCCAUGAUAUUUUGUAAUAGGUCUGAUAGUUUCGCCGGAAAAGUAAAAAGAUCUCAAAAUUUAAUAUGAAUUCGACUUCAACCUCAAAUAACUUUUGAACAAAUAGAUUUAUCAAAAAAUGAUAAGAAACUUUUUUUGUAGAGCAUUCAAUUACCUACAAGAAUAUGCCUGCCAAUUAUUCCUAUGACGCAUCGUUAGCUACUUAUAAAAAUCAGAAGACGUAAAAAAAUUUUUUUCCAUGUUAUUCUUAUGGAAAAUAGAAAAGUGCGAUGAGGAACCUCUUAAUGUUAAUAUUAAGAGCUCUAAUUUUCACAGGCGUCUUUUUUUAUCUAAACGUAACUUUUGAACCUGUUUCCAAGAAAAAAAAAUUUGUUAUUUUUUGGAUCACCCUAAUAAAUAUAUAAAUUUAAGUUUUUUUUUUUCGUUUAUUAAAUAACUGUAUAUUAUUAUUUAUUUUUUCUUAUAGUUUAAGUUAAUUACUGUUUUUCUAAUUAUCCAACUACUUAAAUGAAGACAAACAAUUAGCAAAAUAGUAGUUAAAAAUUGAAGCCGAUUAGAUUCUGUUAUUUUAGUUUUUUAUAUUAUAUUUAUUAUACCUAAAGUUAGAAAAAUUUCGGUUUUUUAAUAUUUAAUAUUUUCUCAUAAAUCAAAAACUUUUCUUCAAUUUACUUCCCAAAGAACAAAUAAUUUAAUAUAGUAAAUAAAAAUUAAGUUAUUUUCAUUAAUCAAAUUUUAGUUAUAAUUUUUUUUUAUACUUAAUUUUAAAUUUUGUUAUUUUCUAGAAAAUAACAAAUAAAAAAAAAUUAUAACUUCUUGAGAAUUAAUAAGAGAGCGUAGGCUACGUAGGAAAUUAUUGUUUACGUACAUAUUAUUGAUUUUUAGUCAUUUAACUUGACUAGGGUAUUAUAUGUUCGGUUGAUUUGCGUGACAUGAUUACCUUAUAAAUUAUUGUAUUAAUAGAACAGUGAAAAUUGAUAUUUUUUUUUAUCAAAAACAUUUUCUAUAAAUUAAUAUAUAAAAAGAAUAUUUAAAAAAAAAAAAAAAAUAAUGAUAAUACUCAAACAUGCUAAUAAAAAAUAAAAUAAGCUGAUAAAUAGUUAGAUUUGUUAAUUAUACUGCCAGUAUGUAGUUUAAAAAAAUAAAACAUGUAUACAAACUAUGUAUCAAUAAAUAUUUAUUUAUAUAAAUUAAUGUAAUAUUUCAACUGUAACUUAAACUUUCUUUCAAAUUUAACAAUUUUAAUUAUGAGUAUAAAUUCUAUUAGACUAAAUAAAGUCAUACGUUCAA